AUGACAAUUGACGCCGCUCCACCGAUUCUGCCGGCCCCGACGGGCAUCAAAAUAAUCGUCGUCGGACUUGGCUUUGGAGGCCUAGCCACCGCAAUCGAAAGCCAUCGAAGAGGACAUUCGGUAAUCCUCUUGGAGAAGGUGACGAAGCUGAAGCAAGAUGCGGGUGAUGGAAUUGUCAUCGGGCCCAAUGCGGUCCGCGUGAUCAAUGGCUGGGGCGAGCUGCUAUUUGAGGAAAUUGCGCCACACUUGUCGAAUGCGACGCACGCUGAUAUGCUCGAUCAUCACGAUCGAUUCAUUGUGCGACAUGAACUGGCAGGGAGAGGGAAAGCGUGGAUGGUCAACCGGGGGAGGUUGAUCAGCAUUCUAUACGAGCAUGCGAGGAAGCUGGGGAUUGACAUUCGACUGGGAUCCCGAGUCACCAAGUACUGGGAAGAUGGCGGCCAGGCAGGAGUCAUUGUGAAUGACUGUGAAACCCUGUCCGCCGACUGUGUCAUCUGCGCUGACGGCGUCCACAGUGCGGCCAGGGUUUGGCUGACUGGGCAGAAGGACACCGAGCAGCACUCCGGGUGGGCCGCAUUCCGUGCUCAUCUAACCACGGAGCAGAUCGCGAAAGACCCCGAGGCGAGCUGGGUGCUUCAGGGCACGCAGGAGAAAGAUCAGGUGUAUGUGUGGUUCGGCGAUGGGAUCAACUUGGCAAUCACAACGUUGAAGAGGGGAAAGGAGCUUGCCUGGGUCCUCAUACACAAGGAUCACUUCAAUGCUCACGAAAGUUGGGCGGGAGGCCGAGCGAGCAUUGGCGACGCGCUGGCAACUCUUCGCCCUUGGCCUGGCCACCUUCGACCCUCCUCGGUCAUUCGCCAUACUUUACCCGAGAAGCUUGUGGACCACCCGCUCAUCUAUCGCCCGCCACUGGAAAGCUGGGUGUCCUCCGGGGGUCGCUUGAUGCUCAUCGGUGAUGCCGCUCAUCCAUACCUUCCCGUCGUCGGUCAGGGGGGAAGUCAGGCAAUCGAGGACGGGGUGGUCGUCGCCACUGCCCUAGAAUUGGCGGGAAAGGAGAACGUUCCUGUAGCAUUGCGCGUGGCGGAGAAGAUCCGGUAUCCGCGCGCCACGGUGAUCCAGCUGGGCAGUUCUACGUUACAGGAAGCCUUGUUCUGGCCGGACUGGGAAGCCGUCGCAAAGGACCCGAGCAUUUUUGCGUUUCCUAAUCCUGAAUGGAUCCUUGGCCAUGACUGCCGGGAGUAUACCUAUCGGGUCUUCGACACGGUGGUACGGGCUGUCCGUGGUGAAGGCGAGUACAUUCCUAAGAAUAUUCCUUCGGAUGGAGCCUAUCGGAUUGAGGAUACUUACGUCCCCAACUGA